AUGGCGCAGUUAACCUCACGAGCUUUGCACUAUGUCACGACCGAGAACGAGGUAUCAAGCCACCAUGGCAAUUUUCUAGUGAGCUCCGCAAACGCCACUAUCCCAAGUCAGCUCAGUGCACAAGUCCUGUAUCAGAUCCCUCUUGGAAUCCACUUCGUCACAACGCGUUGCUUAACUGCAUACAACUCACGGUACACAAUAGUAGACACGCCAGUCGCCUUACCCCUCGACAGCGGAACUUCCAUCGGCAUAGUUUCCAGUCUGAAGACCCUAAUCCAGCACCUUCUCGACCAUGGUGUCUCCCGAAACACACCAGUCAACGCCAUACCGCCCAUCUGGGUUGCUUCGCCUGAGCCUGGUUCCUCUUCAGUAGUUGGUAGCUUUAUUCAGAGCAACUGUGAUGGCCUGGAGCAAUAUAUAAUCUCGGAUCUACUAUCCAACAAAUUCAACGAAUCUAUGCUGUUGUCGAGUUCUUGUUUCCUUACAAAGACUUAUACAGUAGCGGCUUUCUGGGAGCCUUCUCAACACGAACUUGCAACAGACAGCGGUUCAUGGGUUGUCCGCACAGGUCCGCUUUCCAGACUGGGUCAUGACUUACCCGAUGACACACGGCCAAUCUACGCUGAUUUUAACAACAUUACUGGUCUGAGCGACCCGGAGCUUAGCGUCAUGCUAUUUAAAACGUUGCAAGGUGACAGCACCAGGCUGGCCACCGCGUUAGCUACCGUCUUCGCCGAGGUUCCUUGGAGAGAUCAGAUACAAAGCGCAUCGGACAAUGGGCCGUACACGGUGAUCAAAAUCGCCCUAACGCGUGUUGGCUACGGAUACGAGACAUCUUCCGUAUCUGCACGCUUAUCGCUAACCGUUAUCAUGGCAUACUGCAUAUUCGCUGUUAAAUACAUAAUGUACAUGCUCAGUAGCGGCCACACAUCUACAGCAUGGAGUUCGGCAACGGAGAUUAUCGUUCUUGCAAUGCAGUCAAAGCGCAGUGAGCAUUUGCGCCAUGUUUCGGCUGGCGUCAACUGUUUAGCAACAUACCAGGAGCCUGUUGGGAUACGAGUCAACCAUCGCGAUCAUUUGGAACUAGUGUUCGAGCAUGAUCAAAACAAUCAGUUGCGAAGUUUAAGAAGGGCUAGGCUGGACAAGGCGUAUUGA